AAUACCUGUAUAAUCAUGGCAUCCUGUUUCCUUUCGCAGCAUGUUCUGAGGACACUGACUGCGUUCAAGGAACUUGCUCUUCAGGGACAUGUACCUGCAAUGCAGGAUAUUCUGGCGAUCAUUGUGACCAAGCAUGCACGGACGACACUGAAUGCAUUCACGGCACUUGUUCAUCAGGGACAUGUACUUGCGAUACAGGCUACUCGGGAGAUCACUGUGAUCUGUCAUGUGCGGAAGAUGCAGACUGCAUUCAUGGAACUUGCUCUUCGGGAACAUGUACCUGUGAUACCGGCUAUUCUGGAGAUCAUUGUGACCAAGCUUGCACGGACGACACUCAGUGCGUUCAUGGUACUUGCUCAUCAGGAAUAUGUACGUGCGAUUCAGGCUAUUUGGGAGAUCACUGUGAUCAAUCAUGUAUGGAAGAUACAGACUGCGUUCAUGGAACGUGCUCCUCAGGAACAUGCACUUGUGACACAGGCUAUUUCGGGGAUCACUGUAACCAAGCAUGUUCUGAAGACACUGACUGCGUUCAAGGAACUUGCUCUACAGGGACAUGUACCUGCGAUGCAGGAUAUUCUGGCGAUCAUUGUGACCAAGCAUGCACGGACGACACUGAAUGCAUUCACGGCACUUGUUCAUCAGGGACAUGUACUUGCGAUACAGGCUACUCGGGAGAUCACUGUGAUCUGUCAUGUGCGGAAGAUGCAGACUGCGUUCAUGGAACUUGCUCUUCGGGAACAUGUACCUGUGAUACCGGCUAUGCUGGAGAUCGUUGUGACCAAGCUUGCACGGACGACACUCAGUGCGUUCAUGGUACUUGCUCAUCAGGAACAUGUACGUGCGAUUCAGGCUAUUCGGGAGAUCACUGUGAUCAAUCAUGUUCUGAAGACACUGACUGUGUUCAAGGAACUUGCUCUUCAGGGACAUGUACCUGCGAUGCAGGAUAUUCUGGCGAUCAUUGUGACCAAGUGUUCAGAUUGUGAACACGAAACUACAGUUUCUAAAUCCAGGGCAUCCGGAGAAACAGCAUGCACGGACGACACUGAAUGCAUUCAUGGCAAUUGUUCAUCAGGGAUAUGUACUUGCGAUAUAGGCUAUUCGGGAGAUCACUGUGAUCUGUACACAGACGAAUGUGCAAGUAGUCCAUGUCAAAAUGGAGGAGUGUGUACAGAUGCCGUCAACGGCUACAGCUGUGCAUGUGCAGUUGGUUAUGAUGGAGAUAAUUGCCAAACUAACACAGACGAAUGUUCAAGUAAUCCAUGCCAAAACGGAGGUGUUUGUACAGACGACGUAAACGGCUACUCCUGUACAUGUGUAGUCGGUUUCGAGGGAGAUAAUUGCGAAACUGACACAGACGAAUGUGCAAGUAAUCCAUGUCAAAAUGGAGGAGUGUGUACAGAUGCUGUCAACGGCUACUCCUGUGCAUGUGCAGCUGGCUACGAAGGAGAUGAUUGCCAAACUGACACUGACGAAUGUGCAAGUAAUCCAUGCCAAAAUGGAGGCGUUUGUACAGACGCCGUAAACGGCUACUCCUGUGCAUGUGCAGACGGUUUCGAAGGAGAUAAUUGUGAAACUUACACAGACGAAUGUGCAAGUAGUCCAUGUCAAAAUGGAGGAGUGUGUACAGAUGCCGUCAACGGCUACAGCUGUGCAUGUGCAGCUGGUUACGAAGGAGUUAAUUGCCAAACUGACACGGACGAAUGUGCAAGUAAUCCAUGUCAAAAUGGAGGAGUGUGUACAGAUGCUGUCAACGGCUACUCCUGUGCAUGUGCAGCUGGCUACGAAGGAGAUAAUUGCCAAACUGACACGGGCGAAUGUGCAAGGAAUCCAUGCCAAAAUGGAGGCGUUUGUACAGACGCCGUAAACGGCUACUCCUGUGCAUGUGCAGACGGUUUCGAAGGAGAUAAUUGUGAAACUGACACAGACGAAUGUUCAAGUAACCCAUGCCAAAACGGAGGUGUUUGUACUGACGACGUAAACGGCUACUCCUGUGCAUGUGUAGUCGGUUUCGAGGGAGAUAAUUGCGAAACUGACACAGACGAAUGUGCAAGUAACCCAUGUCAAAAUGGAGGAGUGUGUACAGAUGCUGUCAACGGCUACUCCUGUGCAUGUGCAGCUGGCUACGAAGGAGAUAAUUGCCAAACUGACACUGGCGAAUGUGCAAGUAAUCCAUGCCAAAAUGGAGGCGUUUGUACAGACGCCGUAAACGGCUACUCCUGUGCAUGUGCAGACGGUUUCGAAGGAGAUAAUUGUGAAACUGACACAGACGAAUGUUCAAGUAAUCGAUGCCAAAACGGAGGUGUUUGUACUGACGACGUAAACGGCUACUCCUGUGCAUGUGUAGUCGGUUUCGAGGGAGAUAAUUGCGAAACUGACACAGACGAAUGUGCAAGUAAUCCUUGUCAAAAUGGAGGAGAGUGUACAGAUGCUGUCAACGGCUACUCCUGUGCAUGUGCAGCUGGCUACGAAGGAGACAAUUGCCAAACUGACACUGGCGAAUGUGCAAGUAAUCCAUGCCAAAAUGGAGGCGUUUGUACAGACGCCGUAAACGGCUACUACUGUGCAUGUGCAGACGGUUUCGAAGGAGAUAAUUGUGAAACAGACAAAGACGAAUGUGCAAGUAAUCCAUGUCAAAAUGGAGGAGUGUGUGCAGAUGCUGUCAACGGCUACUCCUGUGCAUGUGCAGCUGGCUACGAAGGAGAUAAUUGCCAAACUGACACUGGCGAAUGUGCAAGUAAUCCAUGCCAAAAUGCAGGCGUUUGUACAGAUGCCGUAAACGGCUACUCCUGUGCAUGUGCAGACGGUUUCGAAGGCGAUAAUUGUGAAACUGACACAGACGAAUGUGCAAGUAGUCCAUGUCAAAAUGGAGGAGUGUGUACAGAUUCCGUCAACGGCUACAGUUGUGCAUGUGCAGUUGGUUAUGAAGGAGUUAAUUGCCAAACUGACACUGGCGAAUGUGCAAGUAAUCCAUGCCAAAAUGGAGGCGUUUGUACAGACGCCGUAAACGGCUACUCCUGUGCAUGUGCAGACGGUUUCGAAGGAGAUAAUUGUGAAACUGACACAGACGAAUGUGCAAGUAGUCCAUGUCAAUAUGGAGGAGUGUGUACAGAUUCCGUCAACGGCUACAGUUGUGCAUGUGCAGUUGGUUAUGAAGGAGUUAAUUGCCAAACUGACACAGACGAAUGUUCAAGCAAUCCAUGCCAAAACGGAGGUGUUUGUACAGACGACGUAAACGGCUACUCCUGUACAUGUGUAGUCGGUUUCGAGGGAGAUAAUUGCGAAACUGACACAGACGAAUGUGCAAGUAAUCCAUGUCAAAAUGGAGGAGUGUGUACAGAUGCUGUCAACGGCUACUCCUGUGCAUGUGCAGCUGGUUAUGAAGGAGUUAAUUGCCAAACUGACACAGGCGAAUGUGCAAGUAAUCCAUGCCAAAAUGGAGGCGUUUGUACAGACGCCGUAAACGGCUACUCCUGUGCAUGUGCAGACGGUUUCGAAGGAGAUAAUUGUGAAACUGACACAGACGAAUGUGCAAGUAGUCCAUGUCAAAAUGGAGGAGUGUGUACAGAUGCCGUCAACGGCUACAGUUGUACAUGUGCAGUUGGUUACGAUGGAGUUAAUUGCCAAACUAACACAGACGAAUGUGCAAGUAAUCCAUGUCAAAAUGAAGGAGUGUGUACAGAUGCUGUCAACGGCUACUCCUGUGCUUGUGCAGCUGGUUACGAAGGAGUUAAUUGCAAAACAGACACUGACGAAUGUGCAAGUAAUCCAUGCCAAAAUGGAGGCGUUUGUACAGACGCCGUAAACGGCUACUCCUGUGCAUGUGCAGACGGUUUCGAAGGAGAUAAUUGUGAAACUGACACAGACGGAUGUGCAAGUAGUCCAUGUCAAAAUGGAGGAGUGUGUACAGAUGCCAUCAACGGCUACACCUGUGCAUGUGCAGUUGGUUAUGAAGGUGUAAAUUGCCAAACUGACACAGACGAAUGUUCAAGUAAUCCAUGCCAAAACGGAGGUGUUUGUACAGACGACGUAAACGGCUACUCCUGUUUAUGUGUAGUCGGUUUCGAGGGAGAUAAUUGCGAAACUGACACAGGCAAAUGUGCAAGUAAUCCAUGUCAAAAUGGAGGAGUGUGUACAGAUGCUGUCAACGGCUACUCCUGUGCUUGUGCAGCUGGUUACGAAGGAGUUAAUUGCCAAACUGACACAGACAAAUGUGUAAGUAAUCCAUGUCAAAAUGGAGGCGUGUGUACAGAUGCCGUCAACGGCUACUCUUGCAUAUGUGCAGAUGGUUACGAAGGAGAUAAUUGCCAAAUCGCAACCUGUUCCAAUUACCCCUGCUCUGGUGCUGUCUGUUCUAUCGAAAACAAUCAACAUGUUUGCAAUUGCCUCACAGGAAACGAAGGCACAUACUGUCGAACUGGUUUACAUCUUGGUUACGGUGCAGCGGAAGGGGACUCGAGCAUGUAUGGUACCGAUGAUGCUUGUAGCCCUGUACUCCGAGUUAGCUACGACCUGCCUUUCAUGCAACGAAGAUUUACGAAAAUUUAUGUAUGUACUAAUGGACUCAUUUGCUUCAACAGACCUUUCAACGGAUAUUCUAUUCCAAAAAAGCAGGGCUUUAAUAAUGAUUUUUUGAACAUCUAUUGUCUGGCUCCAUACUUCGCAGAUUUAUACCUUACGUUUACUGAUCAAGUGUGGUAUCAAGCAUACAACACUUUAGCGGACGAUAGUUCGGAAUCGACUGAUGUUUCAGUUAAAGUACAUGAUCUUGUAAAUGAACUCUACGAUGAAGAAUUUGAUCCAGUUUAUGUUUUAAAGGCAACUUGGUUUGAAACACGAUAUAUUGGAGGAAGACCAUCAGAGACUGUAACGUUCCAAGUAAUUUAUGCAACAGACGGGCAGAGGUCAUAUGCCUUUUAUAACUACGCAGAAAUGAACUUCCAGUCUGGCUUACAGUUUAUUGGAAUCAUAAACAAUGGAAUUUUAGAAGGACUGGAUUAUAGUUCGGAUGGGUCAUACCUGCUUCGCCCGGAUAAAAAUCUCAUAUUUGGAGCUUAUAAAGGGGCUGCAAGUUACAAACUGACGACAGAAGAAACAGCAGUGUUACCCAACUACGGCGUGCAGUGCCUUGCUUGGCGCAAAGCAGAGAAGCAGAAUAUAGGCGGAUAUAUAGAAGCAGCGAACAAAAUGCCGCUAUGUCCUUGUGUAUCAUUCUUUCUGUUUUUUGACAGACAAUUUGGUUUUCCAUCAUUCGAAGCCUCUAGGUUUACAGUACCACUGUUACCUGGAAGGGCCUAUGCCCCACACGGAAAGACAUGUGCCUAUAGCAGAUGGACAGGUGGUUUUAUAUGGUUCGGUAGACGGGCUGGCUCUUUCCAUUCUUUCAACGAAUACAUUAACCCCAAUGCGCAUGCGCGGUUUGACGAGAAAUACAAGAGAAUUUGCUGUGAUUACUCCAAUAACUGUAACGUUUACUACGAAGUAAGACCUCGCACACAAGGAUGCUACUUUCGAUCUCUUUUCCGUUUCGGUGGUGGUUUCGGAGACCCUCAUAUAUCUACACUCGACGGCGUAACGUACACGUUCAAUGGUUACGGGGAAUAUAUACUGCUCCGUAUAACAUCAGCAGAUUUUGAAAUACAAAGUAGGACAGAAAGGGCCAAGAAAUCUGACGGUUCAGAUUCGGAGGCGACAAUAUUUACUGCGUUUGUUGUACAGUCAUCAGACGCCUGGCUGCAAGCAGAACUCAACAACGAAAAAACAGGAAUAAAUUUAUUUGUGGGUACUAACAAGACAGACUGGGCAGAUUACACGGGGGAGUUUCAAAGCAAGGGAGAUACCUUUACUUACGUUACUGAUGCACUGAGUAUGAGCCGGGAUAAUAAUACCCUAGUGACAAGUUUUUCGGGGACAGGUGUGGCCUUCAACGUCACUUUCAAUGUCGGACUGUUGCAGAUGAGCACAGGAUUAUUGAACACUUACAACAACAAGACUUCUGGGUUGUUGGGUAACUUUAAUGGUGACGUCACUGAUGAUUACUUCCCGCGGUCAGCAUCGUCUGCAUUACCCAGUAAUUCAACAGAAAGGAUGAUUUUCAACGAUUUCGGACAAACUUGGAUAACAUCAGUAAAUGAAAGCAAUUUCAGAUACGAUAACGGCAAAUCACACGCUGACUUCAAUUUUCCUGAUUUUGUGCCAAAGUUUUUAGAUGAAGCGAACCAAACUAUUGUUGAUGAGGCGAAGUCUGUCUGUGGGGAAGGAAAUAAUCAGUGCAUAUUUGAUUUUGUAUUUACCGGAAAUAAGGAACUGGCACAGACGACAACUUUAACUGAGGCCGAGGCUGCUGAAAUUUCAGCCGAGGCUUCUAAUGAAGUUCCGGAAUUAAGUGUGAGCAGUGGAACAACAUUACAAGAAGGCGAGAACUACAUUUAUGUGACGGUAAACGAAUCAGCAACCUUUACUGUCAAUGGUACCGACGAUGGUACAUUAACGUACGAGUUUGUAAAUAAUUCCACAGAUGCUGAUUUUGGAACUCCAAAUGAUGAUGGAACAGUCGACGUCAGUUUUGUAGUAACUAGCGCUAAUCCGGUUUACCUUAGUAUGACUGCCAAAGAUGACAAGGGAGUUAACUCUCCUCCAGUUGAUAUAGUUAUUGUCCUUUGUACUAACUGUAACUCACACGGUGUAUGUAACAACAGUGUAAUUAGAGAUGAUGAGAGGUCCACAGACAACUUUAAGUAUGCCAUGUGUGAAUGUGAGCCAUACUGGGAAGGUGCGGAUUGCGAGUCAGAUUUUGACGGAUGUGAUGCGAGCCCAUGUUCAGUUGGCCGGAACUGUACGGACACGCUGGCUGAUGAACACAAAGCCAACCCUAGCCUUAAACCUUACAGCUGCUCGUCGUGUCCUACCGGAUACAAGGAUGUCGAUGGCAAAUGUGAAGAUGACAACGAGUGUAAUAUCACAUCAGUUUGUUCCCAAGUUUGUAUAAAUACAGUUGGAAGCUACUCUUGUCAGUGCAACAAUGGGUACAGGCUGGCGCAAGAUGGAGCUACAUGCAACGAUAUCAACGAGUGUGAGGAGUCGACUAGUGGCUGUAUCCAGGUGUGCACAAAUACUGCCGGAAGUUAUAACUGUUCCUGUUAUGAUGGGUUCACAUAUAACGCCACAAGCAAAUCGUGUGACAAAGAUCAAACUGGACCCACUGGUUGUGAUGCGCUCGACUGUAACAGUGCUGCUGGUUGUACCCUCAAUGAGACCAACUUACCGGUGUGUUUCUGUGACAGUGGUUACCAGAUUCAAGCCAACAAUACUUGUACAGACAUAGACGAGUGUACUAGCGCAGUUUGUUCACAGACUUGCAGUAACACGGUGGGCAGUUACUCCUGUGGUUGCUUUACAGGAUACUCACUGCUCAAUGACAGGGUGUCUUGUGAACCAUGUCCGUUUCCAAACUAUGGUGAAAAUUGUGACCUAACCUGUCAAUGUGGGCGUGGCUCUUUGCGCUGUGACCCGGUACGUGGGUGUGUCUGUAAAGCGGGUUGGACGGGAACACAUUGUGACACUGACGUCAAUGAAUGUCUGGUUCCCAAUACGUGCAAAGACGUGAACAAAGUCUGCACGAACACAAUUGGUUCCCAUACAUGUUCGUGUCGUUCAGGAUACAGUUUGUCAAACAACAGCUGUGUUGACAUAGAUGAGUGCAAUGAUCCCGCCCUCAACACGUGCGAACAGGUGUGCACGAACACUGUGGGCGGAUUCUCGUGCAGCUGUAAUUCAGGAUACAAUAUCAAUACGAAUGACACAACUAAAUGUACAGAUUAUGACGAAUGUUCGGCUGGAGUGUCCGGAUGUGAACAUAUCUGUACUAAUAAACCAGGAAGAUACAAUUGUGAAUGCUAUUUCGGAUUUCUUCUAAACUCGGACAGAAAAACUUGCACUAAAGUGUCAGAUCCAUGUACACUGUUCCCGGACGUCAAAUGUUCAGAUAUAUGUCUGGUUGUCAACGAAACACCGCAAUGUUCGUGUAAUACAGGGUUCAUUUUAGGAACAGAUCAACAGACUUGUAUCGAUGUGAACGAAUGUGACUCUGACCUCAACCUGUGUAGCGAGACAGACACGUGUGUGAACGAGGCUGGGGGCUACACUUGUUCUUGUAGUGCCGGGUACAAACUUGAAAAUGACUUGAGAACAUGCAAAGAAUGCGAUCCUUUCCACUAUGGUUUGAACUGUGCAAGCGAAUGUAACUGUGGUGUAGGUGCUACACGGUGUGAUCAUGUGACAGGCUGUGUUUGUGACGUCGGCUGGACCGGUGAAAAAUGUGACACGGAUAAAGAUGAGUGUGCCAACUUCCCAUGUACGGGUCAAAACGAGAUUUGUACCAAUACGCCAGGAUCUUAUACAUGUACAUGUGAGACAGGGUAUAAGGAAAAAGAUGGAAUAUGUCAAGAUGUAGAUGAAUGUUCGAGCACUUCUCUCAAUGACUGCAGUCAGAUAUGUACGAACAGUCCCGGAAGUUACCAGUGUAGUUGUAACCACGGAUUCAUGCAGAAUGGAAACACGUGCACGGAUAUUAAUGAAUGUGAAGGUCAGAAUGAGUGUUCCCAGGUAUGCAGUAACACUCUAGGCAGCUACCGGUGCUCUUGCAAGCAGGGAUUUAAACUUGAUACAACACACAGAAAAACAUGCAUACCUGCGGAACAGUGUGAUCCAAAUCCAUGCCAGACUAAUGCACAAUGCACGGCGGUAAAUGACGUGCCAACAUGUUUCUGUGAAGCUGGUUAUGAGUUUGAAUCUGGAUCUAACACAACAUGCGAAGAUAUAGCUGAGUGUUCAAGGACACCUUCACCAUGUUCUCAAGGAUGUAUUGACUUCCCAGGCGGGUAUGAGUGUGCUUGUAAUAUUACUGGUUACCGCCUGGAUACAGACAAGUCUACUUGUAUUGCUUGUUCGGAAAAAACAUAUGGUGUUAACUGCACUCAGAACUGCACGUGUGAGUUAUCAAAUACAUUGUAUUGUAAUGGUGCGAACGGUUCGUGCACGUGUAAGGAAGGAUGGGAUGGAGACACAUGUGCAGAUGACAUUAAUGAGUGCGACGAUGCCGCGGUUCACAACUGCCCAGUAAACUCUCUGUGUAUGAAUACGAAUGGUUCAUUUUACUGUAAAUGUGACAGAGGAUAUCUAAAGUCCGGCGACGGAUCAUGCCAAAUAUGCGGUCAGAGGCAAUUUGGAGUUGAUUGUAACAAUACAUGUUCAUGCAACACAAGCAACACCGAGUCCUGUAACCCCGUCAACGGAAGUUGCACUUGCAAGUCAGGUUGGGAAGGAAAUGACUGUAAUCAUAACAAAAACGAAUGCAAUCUUGAUACGUUCACGUGUCCUCACAAUUCAACAUGUGCAGACACACAAGGGUCAUACAUAUGCAACUGUGAUAUUGGAUUCACAAAAACAAGUGAUGAGGAGUGUAAAGUAUGCGACUCGAAGUAUUACGGACAAGACUGUGCCAAACCUUGCUCGUGCUAUGCAGUCAACACCAAAGUUUGCGACCAUGUGACCGGGAAUUGCACGUGCAAUGAAGGAUGGGAAGGGUCUUUGUGCUCAACGGAUAUAAAUGAGUGUAACACUAGCAGCAAUCCUUGUACUGAAAAUCUGAGAACAGUUUGUAGAAACAAUCCUGGCUCAUACACUUGCCAGUGCAAAGAAGGCUUUGAACUAGAUGACGCCGAGACCUGUGUUGAUAUUAACGAGUGUGAGAAGGGGACUGAUGACUGUUUACAGAAAUGUAACAAUACGGAAGGCUCGUAUACAUGUUACUGUGAUGCGGGAUAUAACGGUACUGGAAAUGCCUGUACAGAUAUAAACGAGUGUGAGAAGGGGACUGAUGACUGUUUACAGAAAUGUAACAAUACGGAAGGCUCGUAUACAUGUUUCUGUGAAGCUGGAUAUAACGGAACAGGAAAUGACUGUACAGUAUGCGGUGAGGGACAAUUUGGAGUUGGUUGUAACAAUACAUGUUCAUGCAACACAAGCAACACCGAGUCCUGUAACCCCGUCAACGGCAGUUGCACGUGCAAGUCAGGAUGGGAAGGAAAUGACUGUUAUCAAAACAAGAACGAAUGCACUCUUAAUACAUUCACAUGUCCUCAAAAUUCAACAUGUGAAGACACACAAGGGUCAUAUAUAUGCAACUGUGAUCCCGGAUUCUCGAAAUCAAGUGACGAGACGUGUGAAGUAUGCGGUGAGGGACAAUUUGGAGUUGGUUGUAACAAUACAUGUUCAUGCAACACAAGCAACACCGAGUCCUGUAACCCCGUCAACGGAAGUUGCACGUGCAAGUCAGGAUGGGAAGGAAAUGACUGUAGUCAAAACAAGAACGAAUGCACUCUUAAUACAUUCACAUGUCCUCAAAAUUCAACAUGUGAAGACACACAAGGGUCAUAUAUAUGCAACUGUGAUCCCGGAUUCUCGAAAUCAAGUGACGAGACGUGUCAAGUAUGCGGUGAGGGACAAUUUGGAGUUGAUUGUAACAAUACAUGUUCAUGCAACACAAGCAACACCGAGUCCUGUAACCCCGUCAACGGAAGUUGCACGUGCAAGUCAGGAUGGGAAGGAAAUGACUGUAGUCAAAACAAGAACGAAUGCACUCUUAAUACGUUCACAUGUCCUCAAAAUUCAACAUGUGAAGACACACAAGGGUCAUAUAUAUGCAACUGUGAUCCCGGAUUCUCAAAAUCAAGUGACGAGAAGUGUCAAGAAUGUACAGGUAACUCUUACGGUGAAGAUUGUAUUAACACUUGUAACUGUGAACAAAAUCACACUACGAGUACAACACAGCAGUGUGAGAAUGUGAAUGGAACAUGUCUAUGCUUGUCGACCUGGACUGGAGAGAGGUGUGAAAUUGAUGUAGAUGAGUGUACACUAGGUACAGACAAUUGUAAUAAAUCCAAUGAAGGUUGCCAUAAUACCGAGGGUGGCUUUCUUUGUUCCUGUAUCAUUGGCUUUAAAAGAGAUGCGAACGGAACUUGUACGACCGAAUCGUCGUCAGCUCCUACACCAACUACAGAACCAGAUGGAUUUGAAAUUGUUAAAGUCGUCCUGAUAUUGGAAAUCACACUGGAUUCAGGGGUGGAUCUUACUGUCACUGAAACAUACAAUACAUACAAGACUGAAGUGUACAACGUAUUGUUCAAUAUGUACAAAAGCAAUCUUCCAGAGGGCACUGACCUCUCAAUUAUCAUUCGAGAUAUCAGAAAUGGAAGUCUAAUAGUGGACUACGAUGUCAAAGUGCAAACAUCAGCACUGCCAGAUGUUGCUUUUACCAAUGCCAAGAUAGCAAGUUCUCAAGAAACACUUCAGAUAUUUGAUGAAAAUGCAACUGCCAUUGGAUUAUCAAUUAACGACGUUAACGUAACAAUCAGCGGGAAUAACACGGACGUGCUCCUCUGUGAGUUAUAUGAAGCAUCCGCUGGUACAUGUGGAACAAAAUGUGUUGUAAUUGAUGGGAAACCAGCAUGCCAAUUGAAAACGGAAAUAGAUAACCUGCCGCUUAUCCUCGGCCUUGGUAUUGGUAUUCCAAUGUUCUUCAUGUGUGUUGCUCUGCUGGUUUUAUGUUAUCGUUAUCACCGACGAAAGCAAGCGGAUUCAUCAGAAAGCGACAGUAGAAGCGACGGUGAGAGAGACAGCGUCAUAUUUGGUAGCAAUAUCCGGACCAGAAUAAACACAAGAGUGCCAAUGGGACCUUUCAGCCGACAUGAAGACCGCAUGGAGUACCCUGACUACAAAGAAUAUUCCAGGGACAGCAGGCGACAUGUUUAUGACAACUCGAGGAGCUAUGAUAAUGAUAAUGCUAAUUACCCAGAAAGGAACAAAGUUUUCUCUUGGGAUUAUCUGUUCAGGGAGCUGCAUCCAGGAGAACCGUACAAAAUUAAAAGACCCAAGGUAGACUCUGAUACACAAAGAUACGAUGAGAAUUAGAGUUCAUACAACAUUGUACACCAUGGCACACAAAAUUGGAUAAUAUAACCUGGAACAGUUGGACUGAAAAAAAUGUAUAAACAUGUAGAACUUUUCGAACUGUUUCGUUCGUUAAUUUGAACGGUUUUUAGUUCGAUACAAUUUGUACAUACAAGUGAAAUUUAUAUGAACACACUAUGCCUUCGGAGAAGAUUUAUAUGAACUUAUUUGUUUAGAUGUAUGAUGUUCAGUGGCGAUAAUAUGACUUUGUAAGUAUAUGUGUAUAAUUUAUGGAAGGCAUUCAGAGUUUUUCAAAAUGAUAAAAAGAACAGAAAUUUGGGCAAGAAGUAAAGGUAUUUAUUGUAUAACAACAGUCCCUCCUAAAGCCUUCAACAUGUAUUUAUAUUCAAGCUGGCAAAAGUUUUCUGAAACGUUUAUGAAAUUUUGAAAGAUUGUAGGGUACGAAAAUAUGCACGUGUUUGGUACAAAAAAUGACAUGAUAGUGUAUAUAGUUUUUGUCAAAGCAUCUGAUAUAUAAGAAAAAUUGUAUAUAAAUAUAUGUAAUGAAUACAUAAGCAGUCAUACGUCGGCGAUGGAAACAAGGUCUUGACAACAUUUAUUUUAUUUUUUAUAGAACAAAAGUUUCCGUUGAGUAUACAUGUACAUAAUUCAUAUUGUAGAAUAUUAUGAUGCAUAAUUAAUUGAAAAUUGAAAAUUACUGUUUGUAUACAGUCAAUAUAUAUUGUAAUGGUAUGAUAUGUAGUAAUAACCAGACCCCUUCAAUUACAAUUAUAUUGCUCAAUGUGUAUGUAUGACUAUCGAUGUCAUUCUUACUUAUACUAUUUUAAGGAAUCUGAUCUAAGUGUUUCCUAGUGAAACAUGAAGUUUGUCUGAAUACAAAACAAUGACUCUAUUCUGAAAACAAAAUAAUUUGACUCUAUUUCACAUUUCGACCCAGAAUGAGAGUACGUAGCUUCAGUAGGGAACACUUGUCUAUUUUUAUGCUACAACAGAUGUCUGUGUUUAUAUUUUGAUACUCCAUUUCUGAUUUACUUUGUAAUAGCCAGAUUUCAAUGACAAUUUCAAGGCGUCGAUGAUUUAGUGACACUUUAUUGCCUGACGUUUUCUGAAUGUUCUGUUGUGUCAAAUAUGUCUUCAUCGAAGUUUGCAUGUUCAGUUCUCUCGUAUUUUACUUUAUAUUUGACAGUGGUGGCGUUUUGUUGUUGUUGUUGUUUCACACAAAGUGAAUUGUAAUAUUUUUAUUUCAUUGUAAUACUUCUUACUACCUUUUGUUUGGUGGAGGAUAUGUUUACCAAAGAUAUACAGCCAUAUAGUUUUAAUUGGUCUCUAUGCAGAAACAAUAUAUAUAUAUUUUUUAAAUGAUAGCUUUUGUGUAUGGUAAACCACCAGACUGACGUUUCAUAAUAUGUUAUGCUGAAGAACAUUAGUUUCUGAGACAUAUAAGAGCAGAAAAAAGCACAGGUCACCGCACUCAUUUUUAUUUCAUGGGACAUUUUCUUCACCCACUAAGCAUUUUUGAAAUUAAAUGAAAUUGAAACAAAGAGGGGGAGGGGGUGUACUUAAGAUAUGAUAUCCCGGAUUUCUUGUCUUACAGAUUACUAAAAUACAAGGUGAUAUCAGCAUUAUAUAAGCAUAAAUUUAAAUAACAACUCUUUUCAAUUUAUACACGCCGUCUUUUUUUCAACGGAAAAUAAAACGUAUUUAAAUCUAUAAAAACAUCUGAUUUUAAGAUUUUAAAAUGUUUUGUUUCUUUAAUGACACAAAAAAUGCUUCAACAUGGGAAGAAAAAGGUUAUUCAAGAGAUAUAUUUAGAAGAAAAAAAAUAAAAACUUGUGGAUUUUAA